GUGCUUUUCCAAGUUAUAUUCUCCCUUUCUCGGCUAUCGUUUCCUCAUCUACCCAAACCUCACCACCAACUCCCCUCACUCGCGUGUUGCCAACAUGCGGACCCGAGUUUCCAGCGUCAUCGCCUGGGCUCUGCUCGCCGUCGUUCUGACAGCCUCAGAUUCCCAUGGAGAUGGAGCGGGACCAGGUGCAUUGCCGUCAGUCUCUCCUGCCACGACGGCCAAUGCCUCGACUGCGAUCGCCCCCAACGUCACCGCUGCGCCCACCACAGCGAACGGCACGCUGACGCCACCCACAGCAGCAAACGUAACGCAGAGUGCGAAGCCCUCUCCUGCGAACAGCACCGUGCCGCCCAGCUCUGCCGGCCCACACAAUGCCAGCACAGCCGCGUCCAGCGUGACGCCCAACAACGCCACCAAUGGCACGACGUCUAGCCCCGCGGCCUUCUCCACCGCCCCCGCCCACGCCUCAUCCACGGCCUCGGCCGCGGGCGUCGUGCCGUCGGACGGGUCUGUCCGCUCGUUCGACGCCGUGAGCUUCGUGGGCGGCGUGGUGCUGGCCGUGGCGGUGCAGGCGCUGCUGUUCUUCGCCUUCAAGUACUUCCGUACGCGCAACCCGCGCUACCAGCACCUGUAAGUGGGGUCCGCGCCACCGCGAGGGGAGACACGGACGCCAUCAUCUGAGACGACGGACACUCAAGUCUGCGGAGAUGCUCCUUGUCCUCCCCCGUGUCUCCUCCUCCUCAACCCUCCCCGUCACACACCCUGCGAUGGCACCCCUGGGUUUAAUUGUGCCACCCCCUACGAUGUCACGCCUUACCGCUGCGGAUAAUUGUGCCACCCCCCCCCUACCAUCACACGCCUUGCGAUGGCACCGCUGGGAUUAAUUGUGCCACCCCCCCUACUAUCACAUGCCUUGCGAUGGCACCGCUGGGGUUAAUUGAGCCCACCCCCUACCAUCACAUGCCUUGCGAUGGCACCCCUGGGAUUAAUUGUGCCACCCCCCUACUAUCACAUGCCUUGCGAUGGCACCGCUGCGGUUAAUUUUGCCAUCCCCUACCAUCACACACCUUGGGAUGGCACCGCUGGGGUUAAUUGUGCCAUCCCCUACCAUCACACGCCUUGCGAUGGCGCCGCUGCGGUUAAUUGUGCCAUCCCCUACCAUCACACGCCUUGCGAUGGCACCGCUGGGAUUAAUUGAGCCCACCCCCUACCAUCACACGCCUUGGGUUGGUGCUGUUGGGGUUAAUUGUGCCAUCCCCUACUAUCACACGCCCUGCGAUGGCACCGCUGCGGUUAAUUGUGUUACCGUGGGGAAAACUGUAGUACUCCUCAAAACCGUUCACAAAUCAUUGGGCUCUGUUCUUUUACUUCAGGUGAUUUUUUUUUCUCUCUCCAACGAGAUUAACGUUGGUCUUUACUAAGCAAUGAAAUAAUGUUGAUGUAGCCGCAUAAAAGAAAAAAAUCGGUGCCAACGGCACCUUGAAAUUUGCUUUGGGAUUCGCCUUAAGAAUUUGCUGCGCGCGUCGAUUUGAUUGUCGUAAAUUAGGCGGUCGCUUUGGAUUCUGCUGUUCUAUUUCUUUAUUUUCUCCGAAGCAAACUUUUUUUGGGGGAGAUGGGAUUAUGCGGGAUAUACUUUAUGCAAAAAAAAAUAAUCGCGAGUGAAAAUCAUAAUCGUAUCGUUACCAGAGAUUGUUUUUUUUCCUUCCAAAGACUUAAAUAAAAAAUAAUGUAUUUAAACAA